AUGGAGAAAUUGAUGAACGGUAAUGUCCCCAGGAUAGCUGCCUGGACAAGAGUGGCCAGUGCGCUGGAAACUUCGUCCGCGGUACGCGGCGUUGUAUCUGACCAGCGUGGUAACCCGGUUGCUGGUGCAACGGUUACGGUCCGCAACGAAACCACAUCGCUGACGCGAUCCACCGAGACCGCGGCUGACGGCAGCUUCUCGAUCCGCAAUCUGCAGGUGGGUGGUAACUACACUGCUAGUGCAUCUGCACCAAAUUACGGCAACGAGUCCCUGAGCGACGUUACCGUUGCGCUGGGUCGGGUCACAGAUUUGAAUUUUGUCCUACGUUCUGGCGCAGUUGUUGAAGAAGUUGUCGUGACAGCUUCCCGCGUGACCUCCCAGGUCGCUGUUGGGCCUAGCGCUUCAUUCGGUUUAGAUACCCUGGAAACGACGCCUGCCAUCAACCGUAACAUUACUGACGUCCUGCGGAUUGACCCACGCAUCUACGUGGAUGAGUCUCGCGGUGGUAUCAAUGCCAUUCAAUGUGGCGGUAAGAACUCACGUUUCAACAGCCUCACUGUAGAUGGUGUGCGUACAAACGAUUCUUUUGGUUUGAACGCAAACGGCUAUCCCACCGAACGCAUACCUUUUUCUUAUGAUGCGAUCAACGAAGUCUCUGUAGAGCUGGCACCUUUUGAUGCCCGCUACGGUGGUUUCACCGCGUGUAACAUCAACGCGGUGACCAAAUCCGGCGGUAAUGAGUUUUUUGGUUCUGUUUUUUACGACUACACCGACGAUUCAAUGCGCGGCGACAAGCUGGAAGGUGACGAUAUUGAAUUUGGUGAUUUUGAUGAGAAACGUUAUGGCGUAACGCUCGGCGGACCCAUCAUCAAAGACAAGCUGUUCUUCUUUGCCUCUUAUGAAGAGCUGGAUGGCGCCAACCUGUUUGAUCGUGGUCCGAUUGGUUCUGGUGCGGUUAAUGAAGUGUUAGUCACUCAAGCGGAACUGGACGAAAUCCUUCAGAUUUCCCGUGAUAUUUACCAGUAUGACCCAGGCAGCGUCCCGGGCAGCUUUGCCAACGACGAUGAAAAACUGCUGGUGAAGUUGGAUUGGUAUAUUAAUGAAAGCCAUCGUGUGGCUUUGACCUAUAACUAUAACGACGGCUUUAACACCGUUGAGUCCGACGGCGAUGCCGAUGAGUUCGAAUUCACCAACCACUUGUACGAGCGCGGUUCCGAACUGGAGUCCUAUGUCGGUACCCUGUACUCCGAUUGGACUGACAGCUUCUCUACUCAACUGCGCAUCUCGCAGUUGGAUCUUGAUGCGCGGGCUGAAUCCCUCGGCGGUACAGACUUUGGUGAGAUUCGGAUCGAACUGGACGAGGUAGAUGUCUACAUCGGUGGUGAUGACAGCCGUCAGUCUAAUGAUCUGGAUUAUGAGAUCCUUGGCCUUUCGUUAACCGGUAACUGGCUGCUCUCCAACGGGCAUAACCUGUCAUUCGGUUAUGAGCGUGAAGAGUUUGAAGUCUUUAACCUGUUUGUCCAGCACACGGAAACUGAAAUUCGUUUUGACGGCAUAGAGAACUUCCGUAAUGGUUUUGCGGAUGCGAUUUACUACAACAAUGCACCGUCCAACAACCCCGAUGAUGCAGCGGCAGAGUGGGGUUAUGAAGUAAACACCGUAUUUGUACAGGACGAUUUCACCAUCGGUGACAAUCUAGAUGUGCUGAUUGGGCUGCGUUACGACUGGUACACCACUGACGACAAACCUGAAACGAAUGCAGACUUUGUUGCAGACUAUGGUUUUGCCAAUAACAACACACUUGAUGGUGAAGGUUUAUUACAGCCAAGAGUCGGUCUGACUUACACCGUGAACGAUCAACUUACGUUGCGUGGUGGUGUGGGCUUGUACUCUGGUGGUGAUCCAAACGUAUGGCUGUCAAACAACUACUCUGCAAACAAUGUUCUGCAGUUUGGUCAGCGUGGUCGCUCGUUCGGUUAUACCGAUGGUUCCCGCUCUUUGUUUGAUGCUGACGUAGUAUAUGCAGCUGUAGAAGAUGGUGCGCCAGCUGGACCAGGAUACGGCGUACCGCAAGAGCUGUUUGACGCAGUUGCUGGCGGCACCGGUGAUAACUUCGAAAUCAAUUACCUGGAUCCCAGCUUCGACCUGCCAUCUGAGUGGAAAUAUUCUGUAGGCCUGACCUACGAAUUCGAAAACAACAUGACCUUCCAGGGCGACCUGCUGCUGACUCGCGGCAAGGACACCGCCAUUGUUCAGCGUGGAGAUCUGGAGCGCGUGGGUACCACCGCUGACGGUUACCCUGAGUACGACAGUGUGCGCGAAGCUUCAUUUGUGUUGACCAACAGCAGUGAAGGUAACGAAUCCCUGCUGGCAUCAUUCUCAUUGUCUAAGUUCUAUGACAACGGCUUGGACUGGACCUUUGGUUAUGCCUACAGCGAUGCUGAAGAUGUUCAACCGAUGACCAGUUCAGUGGCGUUUUCCAACUACACCAACCGUGCGUUUUUUGAUCCCCAGGAAGAUCGCCUGGCGAGGUCCAACUACAACAUCGCACAUCGGUUCACGUUCACGCUGAACUGGCAGAAGAUGUUCUUUGGCGACAACCGCACAAUCUUCUCGUUGUACGCAGCAGCUAACGAAGGUGUGCCUUACAGCAUUGCAUUCAACGGCACAGCUGAUCCCUACGGUUUCACACCGUUCCUCGAUAAUGCGGACAACGUGUUGAGCCCAACGGAUCGUCGUAAUGACAAAGACGGUUCCUGGUGGGGUAAAGUUGAUGUGAAGCUUGAGCAGGAGUUUGGUGUGGGUCCGUACGGCAAAGCAUCAGCGUUUAUUGUUGUUGAUAACCUGACCAACCUGCUGAACGAUGAGUGGGGUAUUCUGCGCCAGGUAGACUUCCCAGGAAACGUUCGCCGCGGCCAGCGACCAGAGUCGCGCAUCGGUGACGCCUCUGCUUAUGAGAUUCGCUUUGGUGUUCGCUACGCUUUCUAA